AUGUGGAUCUCAUUGUCUCCUUCUGUUUGUCGCUUUACCUUUUAGAGAGAGAUCUCCUUCUUCUCCAUCACCAUCUUUUUCAUCCUCUUCAGAAGAUUUUGCUUUAUAUAUAUAGAUAUAGCUGGGGUCGAUCAUAUCUUCCAUGGCGGUUACACCUAGAAGCACUUCCAGCUUGGAAUUGACCAUAUCUGUCCCUGGCUUUGCUUCUUCUGCUCCUCUUCCUUCAUCUGCAGUGAGAGAGUUGGACAUGAACCAACUACCGUCAUCAGAAGAGGAAUGGAUAACAAUGGAAGAAGAAGAAGAAAGCAGUAAUGGGGGAGGAGGAGGUCCUCCUCGUAAGAAACUUCGUCUCACCAAGGAACAGUCUCGUCUUCUCGAGGACAGCUUCAGACAAAACCACACUCUGAACCCAAAGCAGAAGGAAUCAUUGGCAAAGCAGUUGAAUCUGAGAGCCAGGCAGGUGGAGGUAUGGUUCCAGAACCGUAGGGCCAGGAGCAAGCUGAAGCAGACGGAGAUGGAGUGCGAGUACCUGAAGAGAUGGUUCGGAUCGCUGAGUGAACAGAACAGAAGGCUGCACAAGGAAGUGGAGCAGCUCAGGGCCAUGAAGGUGGGGCCACCCACCGUGAUGUCCCCCCACGGCCGCCACCCACUUCCCGCCUCCACCCUCACCAUGUGCCCUCGCUGCGAGAAGGUCACCACCACCUCCUCCCCCGACAAGGGACCCACCCUGUCUUCUUCUUUCACUCACUAGAUGCCAAAAAGCACCCAUUCUCUUCUCUCUUCUCUCUUCCCUCUUCUAAAUGUUCAUACCUUUCUAUUCUUCCUCUUCUUCUUCUUCUUUUUCAAACAGAAAACAAAGCAGUGUUUUGGAUGGUAGUGGGCAUACUUUAUUUGUAUUUGCAUUUUCCAGUCAUCCAUUCGGGCUUACA